ACCAGCCGCCGGAUUAGAGAUUAAAAGCAAUUUCUAAUCUCCUUUUGCUUUGGCCAAACUCACUGAUGUCUGAGCUUCAGCUGACCUAACAUGAGCUCCUCACUGUCCCUGGCUUCACCCUCUGCAGAGGAGGAGCGCCUUCGUUACACCAGGUUGUUUCAGCCGGAGCUCGGAGGCCCCUCAAUGAUCCGCCAACGUGAACUCAUCCUGCUGCAACCGGACUGGACCCAUGAGCUCCACCUGAGCGCCACCUGAGCUCCACCUGAGCUCCACCUGAGCUCCACCUGAGCUAGAGGACGCCAACCAGCCAGCCAGCCACCCCCCAACCCUGCUGGAGUUAACUUUUUGACGCUCACACUUUUUGGGAACUCUUCUUCCACGAUGCUGUGGGAAUUGGGACUCAUGCUGCUCUUCGUCCUCGCUCCACAAGCUGCUGGAAUUAAAGAGGUCGGCGUCGGGCGGGACGUGGAGCCGAAACCGGUGGCCGGCGGCUCCACCGUGCGUCUGGUGGAGCUGCUGAAGACGUCCACGCAAACGGAAGGUUCGGGGUUCCAAGUGGACCAACGGCGGCCCAAGAGGUCGGUGUUCUUACACGCCGGAGUGAAAAUCUGCCCCCAAGAGACCCUGAAUGAAGUGCUCGCCAGCCACCAGGGGUAUUACCAGCUCAGAGUUUGUCAGGAGGCCGUGUGGGAGGCGUUCAGGAUCUUCUUCGACAGGAUCCCCGGGACGACGGAGUACCAGAAGUGGGUUCACGCGUGUCAACACGAGGCGCUCUGCAUCUCCGACCUCGCCAAAAACUUCAGCGCCUCCGAGGAGCACAUGAGCAUGAUUCACAGGAGGAUGAACCGGAUGAGAGACAGGAGGCCUCCAUCACGAGAAGAGGCGACUCGUGCUCCGAUGCUCCCCGAUGAGAAAGCAGGUGCAGAUGUUCAGACCGUCGCCCCGUCAGCGACCCCGCCGGUUCUCACCAGCGCCGCCGCCGUCCUCAGCCCCGAGAGUGCCUCUCCAAGCCCCGGCCUCGUGCAGACCCAGCCAGUCGAGGAGGAAGAGGAGGACUCGGAGCUUCCUAACGUGGUCCCUGAGAGUCCGGUGGAGCAGUUGGUGGAGUUCAGCAUCGACCUGGUGGAUCCGGGUUACAGAGAGCUGCUGGACGAUCCAGACUCCCCCCAGUACAUCGACCUGGCUCACCACCUGCAGGACCAGAUGCAGCAUGCGUUUGACAAACUUCCAGGAUAUAAAGCCAUCCACGUGCUGAGAAUCAGCGAGACGCAGGACACCGACGGGCCCGGAGGAAUCUCGGUGCAUUACUCGCUGGUCUUUGAGAUUAAUUCACCUAAAAUCGAGGCUGCGGCGGCAGCGACCGGCGCCCCGGAGUCUUCAGUCAGCUCCGGCCUCAGAGAAAUGGUGACCAAGGCUCUACGUGAGGAGGCUUCGCUGCCGAUCGAUCUGGACUCGCUUAACUUCAAACCAGAAGCGAUCCUCCUGCCAGCACUGACGGCAACCUUAACGGUUGAAGUAGUGAAUGAGUCCAGUGAGCCCGAUUCACACAACGAGUUUGAAGUCUUCACCGAUGAGCCAGAAGUGGAUAAACCUCGGCCGGUGGUUCCCCUCACCCCCUUGGAGAAGGAAAAUGCCCUCGUGACUCUGCUCGAUCCCACGGCCGUCCCCGAUGAAGAGACGACGGCGGUGACUGGUGGGAUAGUGGAGAGCAGCGAUCGCUCCUCUGCCUCGGGGGAUAUUACCGAGGAGUCGGAGGCAAUUUAUGUGAGUGAGCCCCAGCCAUCAAACGAAGAGGAGGAGGAGGAGGAGGAAGAAGAAGAAUUGCCGAUCAUUACGCAUGAGAUUGAAACAAUCCAUCACAACGAAACUGGUGAACUUGUGAGGGACUACAGCCCGACCCCUCCUGUGAUUCUCCAGCUGGAGACAGAAGCUCCAUAUAUCAGUCUGUCUCCCAACCUGAUAUCAGAGGAAGACCUAUCUCCCGUGGAGGAGGACCGUGAGAAUCCCAGUUUAGACGUUUUUACCCCGACUGCACAGAUGUUAUUGACUACGGCUCCUGCUGAAGAGGAACCGUCCGGUGUGGGACUCCCAAUCACAACGCUUUCAGGCAUCACGGGCCAGCCGCCCACUCGGCCAACAGUGAACCCUCAAGAAGACGAAGAUGUUAACGUUCUUCCAGAGGAUGGCCACGAGUUGGAAAGUGAAGUUGCAUUGCUAGAACCAGAAGGAGAGUUGGUGGUGGAACCCGAUGAAGAAGAGCUUGAGCCUUUGCAGCCGACACCUGAGGAAGAAGUAGCUGAAGUUUUAGAGCCAGAGGAUGAAGUAGCUGAAGUUUUAGAGCCAGAGGAAGAAGUAGCUGAAGUUUUAGAGCCAGAGGAUGAAGUAGCUGAAGUUUUAGAGCCAGAGGAUGAAGUAGCUGAAGUUUUAGAGCCAGAGGAAGAAGUAGCUGAAGUUUUAGAGCCAGAGGAAGAAGUAGCUGAAGUUUUAGAGCCAGAGGAAGAAGUAGCUGAGGAGUCUCUGGUAGAAGAUGAAGACAAGGUAGCAGCUUCAGAACUUGAAGAGAAGGAGCUUGACGAGGAUUCGGAAUCAGUUGAGGUUUCUGAACCAGAAGAAUCUAAACCAGAGGCGGAAACAGACGAUAGCGCGGUUGAGAUUUUGCAUGAAGAUAGAGUGAAAGGUGGAGUGGAAGUUUUGCAACCGGAAAAGGAAAUAGUUGAAGUAAGAGGUGAGGUCAGUGAGGAACCAGAAGAAGAUAUAUUUGAUGUGUUGCAUCCGGGUCCAGAAACUGAGAGAGAAGAUGAGGUCUUAGAACAAGGAGAGAAGGUAGUUGAACCUGAAGGAUCAGAAGAAAUAGAACCUGAAGUUUCUGAGGAAAUAGAACCUGAAGUUCCUGAGGAAAUAGAACCUGAAGUUCCAGAGGAAACAGUACCUGAAGUUCCUGAGGGAACAGUACCUGAAGUUUCUGAGGAAACAGUACCUGAAGUUCCUGAACUGGAAAAUGAGGUGGAGGCAGUUGAUGUUGUGGAACUGGUAGAGGAAGAAGAAGAAGAGGUCAUUGAGGUUCCAGAACCAGAAUCAGACGAGGAAGUGGUGGAGAUUUCAGAAGUAGAUGAAGAAGUUGUCGAAGCUUCAGCGCCAGGUGAAGGUGCGGUUGACGAAUUGGAACCAUUAUCUGAACCAGAACAGGAAGUGGAAGUAGUAGAGGUUGAAGAAGAAGUGAUCCCAGUACCAGAGAAAGAGCCCACGGACAAUUCGGAAACGCAACUUCCACCCGAGGCUGGAGAAGAUGUUUCUGAUGUUUCUGUGGAGGAACAAGUAGUUGAGAGUCCAAAGGAAGCAUCAGAACCGGAUGAUGGUGCCAUUUAUGUUAUACCACCCACAGAUGAGUUACCCGAGGUUUCAGAGCCGGAAUCGGAAGAGGAAGUAGGAGUUGAUGCCUCAGAGGAGGAGAUAGUUGAGAUGUAUGAACCGGAACCAGAAGAAGAAGACGUUACUGAGCCACCAGCCGAAUCAAUUAAAAUCCUUUCCCCACUGGACGGGAUGGAGGAUCUUCACUUUGGAGAGGAUACUGUUCAGAUUAUUGAAGAUAACGAGUUCCUUCCACCAGUCAGACCGGACUAUCAUCUGCCAGAUGAGGAAGAUAACUUCGUACCGAUAGACAUCCAGCCCUCUGAAGAAGAUGGAGGUGAACCUGACUUUUCCAUGGAGGAGGAUGUUGACAGCAUCACACUGACAGAAACAUCAAAGAGUGAUCCACAGUUUGAAACAACCUCUGAUAUUGUAGCAGAGGUGACCGAUCCAGACAACCCCGACACAUCAGAGGGCACUGAAGGCUCAGAAGACUUGCCGGAGGAGACGCAACAAAGCGAACCACCCUCAGAAAGAGACGUUACUGUAACGGCAGCACCGGCUUCAGACUCCUUCCCUACACCUUCGGCAACGUCCGAAGUGUCUGCACCCGGCCCGACCAUAGACUCUGGACUCUUUGAGGUAGCGGAGUCUUCGGAGGAUGAGUCGGAGUUGGAGCCGGCGGUCGUGGUCAUCGACGAAGACUUGGAAGAGGCGGCGCCGAAAGGAGGCGAAAGCCAAACCGCCUCGCCAGCAGCUACCGAAGACACCGUUGACGAGGCGGUUCGGGACCUGACGGUGGAGUUGGAUCAAACCAACGUGGCGGCAACAGACGCCAACCAGCUGCUGCCGGACGAGGGGAGUGGCUUCCAACCAGCCGUCAGCGUCACGGCCCCGCCUCCGGUGAGGUACCUGACCACGCCCACCAUGACCACGGCCAGCCACGGCCGGGAGCUGGUGGUGUUCUUCAGCCUGCGCGUCACCAACAUGGACUUCUCCGUGGACCUCUUCAACAAGACGUCCUCGGAGUACAGAUCCCUGGAGAACACCUUCUUAGAUGUGCUUCUCAACCGACCCAUGUGA